GCGCAGGCAGCUCCAGCUCCCACUUUGUUCACUGCAGAGCCUCUGCACGGCGUGUUCACGUGUCUUCGUGGGACCCGAUCUCUCGUGAAAAUGCCUGUAACCCGCUCCAAGAAAGUUGCAGUCCAGCCUUCUGCCACCAGGAUGAGUCUAAGGGGCUUCCGUAGUGUCCCUCUGGUUCCAAUGGAGACCUCCUCCUCUUCCUCAGACGACAGCUGCGACAGCUUUGGCUCUGAUGGAGGCUUCGCCAAUACGAGAAGCCGCCUGAGACCGACGAGGAGGACUGCGGAGAAGCCCAAGAUGCCUGGAGUCUCCUCAGAGGAGGACACCUGCAGUGGUUUUGAGGAGAACGUGAUCAGCAGGCAGAUGCAGAAAAUAAGUGUAAAACCUUCAGGAAGAGGCCGAAGAUCAAACGUCCUGAAGGUUGCCUUGACUUUUCCUGCGAAGAGGUCGGACAGGAAGAGGCCCGCAUCUGAACCUUUGCCUCAGGCUGGGGAGCAGGAAUCGGACUCCGAGGGAGAAGAGGAGAACUUCAUGAACAAGAGAGCUCUGAAUAUCAAGGAGAACAAGGAAAUGCUGGCAAAACUCAUGGCAGAGCUAAAAAAGGUGCCUGGAAUUUUUUCUGAUGGACGACUGGGACUUUCAGCAUCAACAACGCCCAGACGUGCACCUCGAACGCCUUCAGGAACUCCAAGAGCUUUUAGGAGAAAUCCAGAGCGCACAUCCCGCCCCCACACACGCUCCCGCUCUCUGGUGGACGGACCCCCCACCCCGCCUCCGGAGGAAGAGUCUGAAGACAAGUACAGCCUGAUCCGCAAAAGUCGCUACUACGAGGAAGUGGACGAGCCUCCUCGCCGGCGGUCCUACAACGGCACCAAGGCCAUCCCUCAUGUGGUGCGGCCCGUCGAGGAAAUCAGCGAGGUGGAACUGCAGAACAUCUGCCACAACGUGCGGGAGAAGGUCUACAACAGCUCCACUGGAUCCACUUGUCACCAGUGUCGACAGAAGACCACCGACACCAAAACAAACUGCCGUAACCCGGAGUGUGUCGGUGUGAGGGGGCAGUUCUGUGGCCCGUGUCUUCGGAACCGCUAUGGAGAGGAAGUCCGGGAUGCUCUGCUGAAUCCUGACUGGCAGUGCCCCCCCUGCAGAGGCAUCUGUAACUGCAGCUUCUGUCGUGCACGGGAGGGCCGCUGCGCCACAGGAGUGCUGGUUUACCUGGCUAAAUACCACGGUUACGACAAUGUGCACGCCUACUUGAAAAGCUUGAAAAGAGAACUGGAAAUGGAAAGCAGUGAGUGAAACCCAGACGGGCCGCUGAAGAACCUGAACCUGAACCGCCGUCACACAAAAAAAGCUUUUUGUUUAAAGACAACUGACAUUUUAAGGAAGCCGUCUGGCAUUUUUCCUCUUCAACUUGUGUUUUAUGAUCCUAUUGAUCGUUCCAUUUUUUGGCCUAAAUCUCACAUUACAGCUGAGAAGUUGAGAUGAAAAAGCAUACCGACUUAAAAAAUGUCUGAUCUGCUCUGCGAUCUGAGUUUUACCUAAAAAAGUUCUUAUUAUUCCAAGAUGCUUGUAAAUAUCCCUUCAUAUUAUUUCUGCAGCUUCAGGCAUUUUUAGGAAAGCCUUUGUUUACAUUGUUUUAAAUGUAAUGACUCCAAUCAUCCUCCAGAGGACACGUUUUGAGAUUAUCUUUACUUACAAACCAUACAAAUUGAUUUUCAUCCAUCCUUUUUUUUCUUAAACCCGCUUUAUCGCUUUUGGGGUCACAGGGUCACCGGAGCCUUACCUGGCUACUGUUUGGCGAAGGUGGACAGGUCGCCAGCCUGUCGCAGGGUCACACACACCCACGCACUGUCAGACCUAGGGACAAUUUGAAAGUCACCAAUCAAGCCUUAUACAUUUAGGAUGAUGGGAGGAAGCCUGAGGGCCCGGAGAAAAGCCACAUAGCUGGGAUUUGAACUAGGCUUUCUUGCUGUAAGAGGCGAGAGUGCAACCAUGCAGCCCUGAAGUUGAUUUUCCUCAAAAAAAAAAAAAAAAGAAUCUGGUGAUAGAGCAGUAAUCUGACUACUGUAAUAUGGUAAUAUGGGGGGGUGUUUGAAAAGGGCACAAAGUGAGGGCCACCGAUUCCCUCCACUAAAUCCAGAGCUGUGAUAUACUACAGCGCCUGCUUAAAUAUCCUUCAUUAGAUAACUGUCACUAAUGGUGUGGAAACAAUUAGCAGACUUUAAUGGGAAUCUCAUACCUGUAAAUCAUUUGAUCCCGUUUUAAGCACGUUCUCGCUCUGCUCCAGUCUCUCCGGCUCAUUUUCCGCCGUUCUCUGGUUGAAGGUGCUAUCAGAGUGCAGGUAGAGUUAUGGCCCACGGAGAAAUCGGCUCCUCCAUUCCAGCCGACGGGGCAGUGACCUUUGAGAUGUUCUUGCUUCGACCUGAUCUUGAUCAAACGGUUUUGUUUAUAAUUCUGUAAAAUAUUUCAGAUGAAGUUUUGAGUCUGCUGUUGACAUUUUUGCAUUAAAGAGUUCAAAAGUGCAGGAUAGA